CUGUUUUCAUUUACAGUUUCGCCUCCUCUUCAGCUCCAGUGUCUCCUCUCUUCUGCCUCAGCCCGACACAACCUUCCCCGGUAUGUCUCUCCUGCUCUCGGCGUCCCCUCUCCACGUCUGAGCGGUGCAUGGAUCUAAUGAUGAUGAAGAAGAAGAAAUUUAAGUUUAAGGUGGACUUUGAGCUGGAUGAGCUGUCGUCUGUGCCCUUUGUCAACGGAAUGCUCUUCUGCAAAGUCCGACUGCUGGACGGCGGAUUCUCGGAGGAGUCUUCUAGGGAGCAGGUGCAGGCCAACUGUGUGCGCUGGAGGAAGAGGUUUUCAUUCCCCUGUAAAAUGAGCGCCAACGCAGGGACCGGGGUCCUGGAUCCCUGUGUGUGCAGAGUCUCUGUGAGGAAGGAGCUGAAGGGAGGAAAAGCCUAUGCAAAGCUCGGUUUUGCAGAUCUGAACUUGGCAGAAUUCGCCGGUUCCGGAAACACAACGCGCAGAUGUCUCCUGGAGGGAUACGACACGAAAAACACCAGACAGGACAACUCCAUUCUGAAGGUGAUCAUCAGCACACAGCUCAUGUCGGGGGAUCCCUGUUUUAAAACGCCCCCGUCCACAGCCACAGUGGUGGGUCUGCAGAGUGAAGGGGAGGGUCUGCUGGAGGAACGGAAAGGAGGAGACUCCCAGAAAUCCUCAGAGGCCAAACCAGACCAAGUUACAAGUGAAAUCUGUGGAGUGGCCAACAAGCUCAGAGUCAGAAUGCCCGUUAUUCAAGAAAGUCGAGAGGGGAAAUGUCCAGUUUCUGAAGAUUUGGGAGGAUGUGGUCACUCUCGGACCUCCAGCUACGCCAGCCAGCAGUCCAAAGUCUCAGGCUACAGUACGGGCCACUCGCGCUCCUCCAGUAUUACGGAGUUCAGCCAUCGCAGGAACCACUCCAUCGGCAGCACGUCCACCGGGAUCGGCAGCAUCCCGGAGCCCAGUGAGGAACGGGAAAACCGAACGUGCCCAGUUUUACCAGAGCACCCGAGUGCAUCACCGCCCAACAGCACCGCCAGCUCCUCCCCCGUCCGGAGCACGUCGUCAUGUGAACGCCUCAACAGAAUCCCCAUGAAACAGGACUCCAUGGAGUCUCAGUUGAAGCGAAUGGACGACACACGAGUCGACGCCGAUGACGUGGUCGAAAAGAUCCUCCAGAGCCAAGACUUCACCCCGAGUUUAAUGGACUCCAGCGCAGAGGAGGAGGGUCUGCGUCUGUUCGUGGGCCCAGGAGGAAGCACCGCUCUGGGGAGUCAUCACCUGCCCACCAGAGUUGGCGCCGGUGCGUAUGAACAGGUCGUCAUGAAGCGUUAAAAUCAAACCCAGGCGAACUCGGAGGAGCUCUCGUGUCUCUGCAGCACUGUGUCUCAAGUCUGUGAACCACCAAACAUCGCCCCCUGGUGUUUAAACCCGCCUCAUUACACUGCGGGAGCCUUGAACAACAUGGAGCUUUAUCAUCUCAAAAACAGACCUGUGAAAUGAAGUAAGGUGUAAGAAUCUACUCUCAAAAACGACAAAGGAUUUUUGUGAGAGAUUGGACCAAGCUAAACUAAAGGACUUCAUGAUUCGAUACAUUCCUCAGUCGCUCUCUGGCAGUGACUGGUUUAAAGCUCUUGAUGCUAAAAGCUGCUACUGCUGCUAAGCUGUGGUCCCUGCACUUUUUUUGAAGGACAAUUUAUUACAUUGAUUUGAUACGAUUGUUUAAUUUACAUAUUAUUUGUGUUUUUUAGACUUAUUUUUAUGUUCGUGAUCAUUUUAGUCAUUUACCGGGAAAAUGAACUAGGAGCGCGUAUAGGAAAAUAUAUUAUGAUUUUUCCCUUGAGUUUUAAGGAUACAGUGUGGAACUAUUCUGCUGGAGGGUUUGCCACCUGCUUGUCUCCAUGGAGAUGUCAUUCCUUUGCCUGGAAUGUUCCACAGUAAGACAUUAAACUUAUGUUGUUGCAUUUAUUGAAUUAUUUGGAAGUAUUUAUUGCUCAAAAUUGCCUUGAAAAACAUUCGGGGUUGAACGUCGCGGGGUCGCCUCUCCACAGUUCUGACCUAUAAGCUGACCUGGUGGCAUUUAUUGCUUGUGUCCAGGUCAUAUCUGUGGAGAGGCGACCCCGCUCACAGUAAGAAUGUAUGUUUUUCAAGGCAUAAAAAACCCCCAAAACAAAACAUCUGUACUUGAUUAAACGCAAGAUAAAAAGGUUUAAUUUAUUUUUUUCAUACUGUGGAACAUUCCAGACAAAAGUAAACAUCUCCAUGGUAACUAGACAGUGACAGAUUCUUCACUACAAAAGUUACAUAGUGCUUCUUGAAACACAUUUACUUUUCUUUUUAGUUGAAGAUAUAUUUGCCUUAUAUUGAAACCUUUUUAAUCCAUAAUUUUGGCCACAAACUAAAAUAUUGGCUUAUAUAAAUGACAGGGCUACUUAGAAUUAAUCUAGUGGUUUUCGAAUGAGUUGAAAUGAACAUGUGAUAUUAUUUACCGAUGAUUCCCCCACUGUACCAUCACUUUUAAAGCCAAUUUAAAGACUCCUUUUUGUACAAUAUUCCAGCAUAGUAGUAUAAAAUGUACUGUUUUGGUGUUCAGCUUUGGAGAAAUUGAAGAGCACACUUUGACCUUUUCCUCAAAUAACCAUUGGACUGUUUUAUUUUUAUUUAUAUUUGAAUGAUUGAGAGUGAUGGUCCCUACUUCUUUCAUCAUUUGACCUAUAAGGCUUUCAAUUGACUUUCCAAAUCCUAGUCUAUAAAUUAAAUCUUAUAGUGUACAAACGCAUCAUAGUUUCAAAUGUUAAAGGUAAUUUUGUCAAGUAGGAAUGGGCAAUACGCAAAAAUAAUUCUAAUUCUUCUAAGAGACUAAGUGAUACACAAGCCAUUUCGAGUGGGUGCUUGAAAUUGAAAAGUAUUUGAAUAAAAAAUGUUCUUCGUAGUACAUUUUACACUUUUAAGUUUUUGAGGAUAAACAUUAUUAAAACAAUACAAACUGUAACAGCAAUAACUGACCAUCUACAACUAAACUAGCACCAGUAAACAGAGUGUGAGACCAAGUUUACAUCGCACUAUUUACAAAAACAUCUUGGACCAGAUUACAAUUCAUGUUUGGUUAUUGUCUUUAUAUUGAUACUUUGCAGUGACAUCAGGCUGGAGGUGUUCUACAUGAAUGUCUAUAGGCUUUAUUCACACUUAAGUCACAAAACCAGUAGACGUUUGGAAACAUGCAGAUGAUUCCUUUGGGCUCUGUCGACGAUAGUAACUAAUUUGGCAAAACUAAGAAAAUGGCCCGGUUUUCUUCAUCUAGAUGUCAUUGUAUUCUUUCUUUUUUUCCUUUUAUAAAUUGCCUAUUAAUUUGUUUAUUAUAAUUUGUCUAAUUUAAACAAAAAAAUUAAAAGAUGUCAUUGUAGCGUUGUGUUAUGUUCGCUUAUGACCAGCUGUAAGUGACUCUGAAAAUGAGAUUAGGAUCCCGUCAGGUUGUGAAGACCGCUGUUGGUUUAUCACAGGCCCAGUGUCAUAAUUACUCUGGAAGUUGUCAUCUGCGUGUUUCCAAAUGUCUUGCGGUAAGCGGUAAUAGAGCCUAUUAGCAGAAUGAUCAUCAGUUACUAUUAUGGAGACACAAUACACACAUUUAAAUACAGCCAAAAAAGCUUUAAGAAUGUCUGAAAACUUAAAAUUACAAAAUGGAUUCAAACAACACGUUUUCAGGAGUCUGUGCUCAGUACGAGUGUUCAUGGUCUUGUUUGAGUUUGAUUUUCAACAAAAAGGUGCGAGCGACAAACUGAAAAACUAUUGGUUAAUGCUAGUUAACUUGUGACUGUAAUGUUCUUUAAAAGAGCCCAGUUUAACAACACAAAUCCUCUCAUCUGUUAGCUAAAACUAUUCAGAUUGUGUUAAAUUAAAGUUCAGAUUAAAUUCUGAUAGAGCUUCAGACAGAGCAUGCCUACAGUUAGCAUCACUCCCCCAGGGAACGUUACUGACAUCAGGUGCAAAGUAUUUAUUCUCUUUAAAAGGUAACUAGCGCCAUCUACUGCUUAAGAGCUCACACUUCGCCACAACUGGUUAAAGCUGCUUUUAAAUCACUUAAAGGGUGACCGAUAGGCUCUAUUCAAGCUUAUGUCAGAGGUCUAAGCUGGACAGAAUUUUCAGUCCCGCUCCUGUCAGCAUCUGUGAUAUUUUGUCCUGCAAAUCCCGCAAGAUGGGGACGUUCGUUUGCUUAAGCUCUAAACACAGAGAAGUGGAAAGGAUUUGUCUAAAAUGUACGCGAGAUUAGACCACAUCCGCAAGUUUAGGCUGCUUAAAAUGUUUUACGUUACAAACCAGGAAGACGUUUGGAAACAUGCGAUGACAUCUUCCGGUGUAGUUCCCGACACUGGACUGAAAACCCAAACCCACUGAAGUAAAUGUGAUCGUUGGUAAAAUGGAGACUGCAGACGUAUGUGCUGUUUGGAAUCAUCUGGAAUUUGGCGCCUCAUCUCUUCUAAUCACAUGUACCCAAAGCGCUCGGAGUUGUGCGUCAGUGAAAUUAUGAAAACUGAGGUGUGGUUGGAAUUGUUGAUGAACCGAACAUAACAGAACACUACAAUGACAUAGAGAUGAACAAAACUGGGACAUUUUCUCAUUUUUCCUAGAUUUUAUCAGACUUCCUACCUUGAACAAAGCUGUUGGAAAUCGUCAUCGCAUGUUCCCGAAAGUCUUCCUGGUUUGUGACAUAAGCGUGAACAGAGCUUAUUGAAGAGUCGGUGGGGAAAAGCACGGAAAACUCACAAAUAUUGCGUCUUUUUCUCGAACCGUGCAGGCCUGUACUGAAUCACCGUAGAAGAAAUUUGUCAGAGGAAUCAGAUGAGAAGUCGAUUUUUAUCUCCGUAUUGCCCAACCCUACUGGCCGCACAACAUCUCCUUCACUUUUGACCACAUAUCUGAUGUUCUCGACUGUUCUUUUCAGUUUGGGGACUGUACAAAGGUUAUUGCACUGCCAAUGUAGAAAUAGUGGCUUCUUUAUGUAAACAGCUGGUCUGUUCAUAUCGAUAGUACGAGAUACGCCAGAUAUUUAACUAGAAAAUAAAAGCUGUCUAACGCCACAUUAUAGCAGCUCAGUACUCACCAGCCUUUUAGCUUUUAGUCAUUCCUAAACAUGGUAAUCAAUUUAGAAGUUCAGACUGAUUUUGUGGGGAAAAAUUGACAUGUUAACGGAGCUGUACCAGAUUUUUCUUGUCGUAAACUAAUUCAUUUAAAACAGUUAGAGUUAUUCCUCAUUUGCUUUAUGCAUUCAGAGCGUCCUAAUUACCGUAUUUUCCAGGCUAUGAGGCGCUCUUAAGCCUCCAACCCCAUCAAAAAACGACUGUGCCAGAGCGCCCUAUACACAAAUCCACUCGGGUGUCCCAGCACGACUUCAGUAAACUACAAAGCCGCACCACCCGCAGAACACACAAACACACACGGAGCAGACAGCGACCGCGCGGCGACAAACACCAGCAGACACACUCCCAGUCACUGCGAACAUGACAAACAAAGUCCCACUGACCCAUCCAACUGUUGUGUUUCAUUUAAAGUCCUUUGCGGUUUAUUUGUGAAAAAAAGUUCAAAAAUAGACCAUUCUAUGACCGUGCACCUUAUAAUCCAGAGUGCCUAAUAGCCUGGAAAGUACGGUAUUCACCACGAUGAGUUUAUACCGUAUUUUCCAGGCUAUUGGACAAUGGACACAAUCCAGAGCACCCUAUACAUGAAUCCACUCGGGUGUUCCAUCACGACUUCAGUAAACUACAAAGCAGCAGUACACGCAAACACACACAGACAGCGACCGCGCAGCAAAAAACACCCACAGACACACUCAUCACUCCACGACGAGGAACGGAACAGAGGAACGAACCGAAAAAGCGAGUGCAAUGUGCCACUUCUAGACACAACUGAACAACUGAGUCACUGUGAACACGCCGACAAUCCGUUGGUCCCAGACAGCACCCUCCCUACACGCCACAACUGAACAAAGCCCAGAGUCACCGUGAACGCCACAAACAAACAAAACCACUCACCCAUCACACUGUUGUGUUUCCUUUAAAGUCCGGUGUGGUUUAUUUGUGAAAAAAGUUCGAAAAUAGACCAUUUAAUGACAUUUUAUAAUCCAGAGCGCCUAAUAGCCCGGAAAAUACGGCAUUCACCAUGAUGACUUUAUAAGUGCUUUUUAGAGACGGUAACACUAACAACUAUACGAUAUAUCUGUACUGGGGCAAGACAAAAUGCUCAAAUACAUGGAAAAAAAAUCUGGUACAGGGUCUUUAAGUAUAAUGUUUUUCUGUCUCUUACACAAUAUAAAGUUCAAAUGUUUAAUUUCAGUUACAUUGGUCCCUUAUCUGAGAUUACAAUGUCAUCAAAUUCUACAAUGUGAACACAACUCAUUUAAAGUGCAUAUGACAGGUUUUCAUGUUUGUUUGUUUUUAUCGAAUUAUUUGUUGAGUUAAUACCUGUGAUCAAUACGUAUCGUUGUUUUUACAGUAGUUAAAGGUGCAUUGUGUAACUUUUCUAGUGGAGGUUCUGUUUAUCUUCAUGGAAACUAAACCAGACCAUGUUAAAAGUCAGAUCUGUGGAGAGGCAACCCCGCUCACAGUCAGAAUGUCUGUUUUUCUAGGUAUUUUUGAGCUAUAAAACCACCUAUCAUUGAAUAAGCGUAAAGUAGAGCUGUUUAAUGUUAUACUGCGGAACAUUCCAGGCACAGCAAGGGCAUCUCCAUAGAAACAAGCAACUGAAAAGUCACAUAGUGCACCUUUUAAGUGGCAGUUUUUGCAGAAAAGUUGUGUUGAAAAAGUUGAAAAUUAUAGGACGUUCUGAAAAGGAAUCAGUCCAUCUUUGUCAACAAUACACAAAAUUCCAUCUGAAAUUCAGAGACAAUUUUAUUUUUUGGAAAAUUUAAACCUUUAUUUAACAAAAUAAAGCUGUUGUAAUUUAUUUUUCUUUAUCUAAUCAGAAUUAUGUAAUUUCGACACGUUUUGACCCUUGUUUACAUCAUGGUUUCUCGGUAUAAGUUACAAAAUUACCUUACAUACUUUACAUUUCCUCAUCUUUAACAUUUUCUGCUAGACUUUAAGUAACUCCGUUUGAGUAAAAUGCAUAGUGUAACCUGUCAUUUGCACUUUAAACUUUUUGAAAACUAAAAUCCAAAUGAGUAGUACUGAACGAGUGGUGAGUUUUAUUACAAAGAUGAGCUGAAGUUGCGUGUACCAUUUUGUUGUAAGCCAUAGUAGAGGCAGAGCUCCUCACAACUGUGCACAGAUAUGUCUCUGUUUGCAUGCUAGUGUCUGUCUGUCAGCUGGUAAAUAGACUUCAUCAUAUUUAGGGCUGGGUACUGUUAAUACUGCUACUGAUUAAUGCUGUAACAAUACUAGAAUUUUGAAGCUAUAAUACCUAUUUCGAUACUAAAAAAUGACAAUAUGAUGUAA